ACAAAACUCACAGUUAGACCUAAAUAUUCUCUGAUGUGUUAUUCAGUUACGGUGUACACGCAUUUGUUUCUCAGAGGGAAAAGCGAACACCCUAUAAGUGGAACCUAGGCCUGCCGUUGGAGCAGAUCCUAGAUAUGAGGAGAUCAUGUACAACAGAAUAUGACCACGUUAACAUUCACCUCCAGUACCGCACGCAGCGUCGCACUCGGUGAAGAUGCGGCGGCGAGGAAUGGGUUCGUUGGGGAAGUCGGGGAAGCGCCGGACAAGGUGCUUGCCUGCGGCCACCGCCCUCGCCUCCACAAUCACCACGUCCUCGUCGUCAUCCUCCACAAACCCCGAAGAAACCACCUCGCCAUCGCCCUACUUCCUACCGGAGCUGAUCCCGUUGAUCGCAAGCCGCUUGACGACCCUCGAGGACAUCUUCGCCCUCCGCGCUGCCUGCCGCGCCUACCGGGCUCGCCUCCCGCUGUCUUCCUCAACCCUCGCCUCGCAGGGUCCGCUACUCCUCGUCCAGCACAAGACGUCUGCCGCGCUCUUCCACGUCCCCCUCCGCCGCAUCCUGCGCUUCCGCCUCCCACGCGCCCGCCUAGCCCAUGGAAUAAGACCCACCUGCUUCGGCCGGCUCUUCACCCCCCAAGUCCGCAGCCUCACCUGCUUCCACUCCUUCGGCUGUCGCGUCGCCAUACAAGGCAUGAGCGCCGGCGCCAGCCGCCCCGAGCUCCGCAUCCGCCACCUCCUCACAGGUGAGCGAGCCCGCCUGCCUGAUCCCCCGAAAUGCGUUGGAGGUAUUCUCUUUUCCAAUGACCUAAUCCUUGCCUUCACGCCAUGGCACCGCGACAUCUACUACUGCCGCAUUGGGGAUGCUCAGUGGCAAGCGGCGCGGUGCGAUGAGGGCUACAACCUUCACAGUCUGAUGUUCGUGAAAGACACCCUCUAUGCGUUGAUUUAUCCAAAUUAUCGUCUUGCUGUUGUCGAUCUUGACAACAAUUCCGUGGUAUUGUCGUUUCUUGGGGAUGAACUCAGCGCACAUACAGUACCAGAUGGUAAUUUGGCGGACUGGCUCGCAGAGUGUCAUGGUGAGCUAUUGCUAAUUAUCAGAAGGAGGCUGUACCGUGUGUUCCAGUGGCAAUCUAAGGAGAGGAAGUGGGCGAGGACACAUAGCCUUGGUGGUUGUAGCUUGUUCUUUAAUAUGCAUGAGUUUGCUGGUUGCCUUGGUCCAGAUCAUCCGGGAGUUCGAAGAGACUGCUUGUACUUUACUGGAAGCUUUGGGAACUGGAGCGAGUAUUCUUUGGUUGAUAGAUCUUUGAAUGAAAUUGUUGCCGAGUACCCAGGGCAAUCAGUAUCGAAGGAUUUUGUAUCACUGGCUUGGGUCCUUCCAAGCAUUUGUUGACGCAGUACAAUGCGUAUAAGAACUGCCCAGAAGUUCUCAAGAAGAGAAAUUAACCUCGGAAGCAAACGGUGCUUCGUGGCCAAGUUGUUGUUGGUAGUGGCGACAGAAAUCUUGAACAAGUGAUGAUGGAUGUGGGGUGCCUGAUUCAGUAUGCUUCGCGGUCUGUAGCGAGACGAAGAGAACCAUGGCUCGUUUGGUGGGCUCGUAGUCGUUUGCUCUCAUUUUUCUGUACACUCACGUUGUGUGUGUAAACAAAUAAAUCUUGUGUGUUGAUCAGCUUCUAUGUCAUAUAUUCCAGAGUCGUCAAGCAGA